AUGGAUGAACAAUACGAUAUCAUCGUUCUUGGUACGGGUUUAACCGAGUGUGUUCUCUCAGGAUUAUUAUCCGUUGAAGGAAAAAAGGUUCUUCACAUGGACAGAAACGAUUACUACGGUGGAGAGAGUGCUAGUUUGAAUUUAACACAGCUUUAUCGAAAAUUUCGCUCUGGAGCUACAGCUUCAAGUGAAUUAGGUAAAGAUCGUGAUUAUAACAUCGAUCUAAUUCCUAAAUUCAUGAUGGCCAAUGGAGAACUUGUUAGGAUCCUUACUCAUACUGAUGUGACGCGCUACCUUGAGUUUAAACAAAUAUCCGGUUCUUUUGUAUAUCGGGAAGGUAAAAUCUCUAAAGUACCUGCGAGCGAGAUGGAGGCUGUACGCAGUCCUUUGAUGGGAUUGUUUGAGAAGAGAAGAGCAAAGAAAUUCUUUGAAUAUAUGCAAAAUUGGGUUGCGGAUGAUCCAAGUACUCAUCAAGGUCUUGAUCUCGAAAAGAUUCCAAUGUCAGCAGUCUAUGAAAAGUUUGGACUUGAACCUGGUACCCAAGACUUCAUUGGUCAUGCCAUGGCGUUGUAUUUAGAUGACUCUUAUGAAAGAAUUAUCUUGUAUAUCACAUCCGUUGCUCGUUAUGGAAAAAGUCCCUAUAUUUAUCCAUUGUAUGGAUUAGGUGAACUACCUCAAGGUUUUGCACGGUUGAGUGCUAUCUAUGGUGGUACGUAUAUGUUAGAUAAACCUGUUGAUGAAAUUGUUUACGAUGCGGAUGGUAAAGUUUGUGGAGUUCGCUCCGGCGAUGAGGUUGCCAAAACAAAACAAGUUAUUGGUGAUCCAUCUUAUUUCUCCAGCAAAAUUCGAAAAGUCGGAAAGGUUGUCCGUGCUAUUUGCAUUCUUAAACAUCCUAUACCAAAUACCGACGAUGUAGAUUCUAUUCAAUUGGUUAUCCCUCAAAAUCAAGUCAAUAGAAAACACGAUAUUUAUAUUGCAAGUGUUUCUUCUUCCCAUAACGUUUGCGCCAAGGAUUAUUUUCUUGCUAUUGUUUCAACAAUUGUUGAGACUGAUAAUCCAGAAGCUGAAAUUAAGCCUGGCCUCGAUUUACUUGGUCCGUGUGUAGAGAAAUUUAUCAGCGUAACUGAUCUUGAGGAACCUAUUGAAGAUGGUUCCAAAGACCAAGUCUUUAUCUCUCGUUCUUACGACGCUACUUCACACUUUGGAACUGUGUGUGAAGAUGUCAAGAGUAUCUAUCGACGAGUUACUGGUCAAGAACUUACUCUAAAACAAAGGACAAGACAAGAUGAGGAGCAAAAAGAGAUGGCUGAAUAA